CUACCGCAGAGUGUAGUACUAUAGAAGCCUUCAGACGAAAUAUUAAAUAAGUGAUUGAGUUAUACUUUUUGGUUUACAAUACAAGAAAAAAAAAAAAAAAAAAAAAUUGAAUCAUGGAAACGACUCCACUUCUGGAACAUGAAUCAGACAAUGAGUACGAUGAGUACGAUGAGUACGAUGAGUACGAUGAGUACGAUGAGUACGAUGAGUACGAUGAGUACGAUGAGGAACUUUACAAAAAAAAUCUUUUUUGGAAAAAAGCUUUACCUUCUUUCAUACCUGGAGUCCUCACGUUAUGUACAGUAAUGAUCUACUCUAGAAUCAAAGACUUUCCAGGAGAUGUCUUUCAUGAUUUUGCGUUAUCUACAGCUACUAUCACGGGAUUUUCUCUAGAAGUAUUAUUAUUCAUUAUAAUAACAAAGGACAUAGAUGCAGACAGCGGACCUAAGUCUCUUUUAGUAAAAUUUUUGACUCCCAUUGCUCAAUCGAUAGUAAUAAUUAUCUUUGGUACAAGUUAUAUCCAUGCGAUUCCUGAUCUUUUGGCGCGCGAUGCAGAACGGCAAACAAGUGUACUUACUUUUACUUUAAUCACGUAUUGUACAUAUGCACUGAUCACCGCAAUAUUAUGGUGGGUUUAUCGUCGCAUUACUAAAGACAAAACCGAAUUUUAUUGUGUCGAGGAUCCUGUAGAUACAAAAAUAUCAAAAUAUGAAUCGAUUUGUACCCCUAGUUAAAAACGUUAAUGAGAAAAUUUUUAAUCGAAUACUAUGAAAAUUUUUCAAUUAAAAUAGAUGGAAAUUAAUUUAUAAUUUUCAAUAUUUUGAUUUAUAAUUAAAUUAAACAAAAUUCAAUUCGAUUUAUUCGGAGUUAUUAAUUAAGUAUUAAAAAAAAUAAUGGGUGCAAAAGUUCAUUUUAAAUUAAAAAAAAAAAUACAUAAAUAUCGGCUUUUACAAAAUAUGAAGUA